AGCAGCAGCGGGGCCGACGCGGAGAAGCCGUCAGGACUUUGUGGGAGACUUUCUCCAUCUCCGUCCACCGCUCCUCACCUUCUACUCUCCAGGAAAUAAACACCAAAGCGAUGGGCUUUGUUUCUUCGGCGCUCUUCCUUCUCGCCUCCUUGGUCGCCCUCGCCGGCGUCUGCUACGGAGGCUCGGACGCGCCCCGGGGAGUCGCGAUGGGCUUCGUGUUUGACCCCAAAGCGAAGUGCGAGCCGCCGUGCGAACACGCCGGGAUCUGCAUCCGCAACAACACAUGCUUCUGCUCCAAGGGCUACGAGGGAGAGACGUGCAAAUACGCCAACUGUUAUCCCAAAUGUAAGAAUGGAGGAAUGUGCCUCCGCCCUGGAAAAUGCAGAUGCCCUCGUGGAUACGGAGGACGAUACUGUCACAAAGUGACUUGUGAUGGGGGAUGCUGGAACGGAGGAGAAUGCACCGCUGUCAACGGAGUGGCCAAGUGCAUCUGCCCCUCGAGCUGGACCGGAUCAAAAUGCCAAGAGGCGCUUUGCCCACAAGGCUGCCGGAACGGGGGGAUCUGUGUGGCCCCAGGAAUCUGCAGCUGUCCGGAGGGAUGGCUGGGUGGUGCCUGCCAUACCGCUGUGUGCACUCAGCCCUGCCUGAACGGAGGGAAGUGCAUCUCCCCCAACAAAUGCCGCUGUCGCCCGCCUUUCUCCGGACCUCACUGCGAGGAGAGGAAAAAGUCCCACUAGCGCGACGCACCGGAGGCGACGGUUGUUUGGAUGAUUACGUUUUUGUAGCUGAAGGUAGUUUUUACAUUUAAAAAAACAAACAUUUUCUAUGUAAUUCUUUUUUUUUUAUGUGACUGUAUAAACAUGCUACAGACUGGACUGUAAUUUGUGCCAUCGAAUAAAAUAAAAUAAAAUAAAAUAAAAAACCCUGA